UUAUCUUCACCUCGCCACUUGCCUGUUAAUACUACUUUCAUUUUUGGGCUUUAAUAGGAAGAGAUGGGUCUCACUCGCCAAGUAGAGAUCAAAUCAGAUGGAGAUGCGUUCCAUGAAAUCUUCAGAUACAAACCACAUCACAUAAGCACCAUGUCUCCUGGUAACAUUCACGGUGCUGAUUUGCAUGAAGGUGAAUGGGGUACUGUUGGCUCUGUCAUCUACUGGACUUAUACUCAUGAUGGAAAAAAGAAGACUGCUAAGGAAAUUAUUGAAGCAAUUGACGAGGAAAAAAAGUCGGUUACAUUCAAGGUUGUUGAAGGUGAUCUCAUGCAGUUAUACAAGACCUUUAUAAUCACGGUACACGUGGAUACAAAAGGAGAAAACAACUUGGUGACUUGGAACUUUGAAUAUGAGAAGCUGAAUGAAGCUGUUGAAGAACCAACAACACUGAUGGACUUCGCUAUUGCUGUCACCAAAGACAUUGAGACUCACCAUCUCCAACAGUAGAUGCAAAGCUGACGUGGCUUGCUAGUAUGGUAUGAAGUGUACUUGUGAGUGAUAAAAGUAUCUCCUGUGAAUAUGAAGUGUACUUGUGAGUGAUAAAAGUAUCUCCUGUGAAUAACGUGUACUUGUGAGUGAUAAAAGUAUCUCUUGUGAAAAACUUGUAUCUGUUUGUAAUGUGAUUGUUUAUUUGGUUGCUUUAUUUAUGCAUAAUGAUAAAUGUAACCAUUUGUGUAAUUGAUUGGGUGAAUUUGAAUUUGGUGAAGUGUUGCUAAAAA